AUGAAUAAAGAAAAGGAUAACCAAGAACUAUUAAUAGGAAAGGAUUGGGAAGGAAACCAAAUUCAUAUCCAUAAUGAGGAUCUUCACAAAGCAGAAUACGUUGAUGUUUAAGCUAUGUUAAAUGAUACGCUUGAUAAAUUGGACAAAAUAGAGAAGAUAGAAAUAUUUAUGACGUUCCUCAACUUUACAACGAAAGCUUUGUCUCUCUAUCUUGUCCUGAUUUAUUUUGACACUGUCUUCAAAUAUGAUUCUCUCUUGCUAUUCAGUUAUCUCCUAUAUGCAUUGCUUGAAUUGGUUGCCUUUGGAGCAGCAUUUGCAGUUGUUUUGAGUGCCCGAAUCAUAUCAGCCUUAUUGGGAGUGAACGUAUUCUAUUUAGACAGCUUCAUUUAUUUACCCAUCUUGUAUUCUUUAUUCAAGUUUUGCUUUGUGGUAACCUUUCUUGUGUAAUCAUUAACCGUUGUGAUCUUUUCUAAGUUUUCCCAUUGGAUAUUCCCCUUAGUUCUAAUAGCCUCACUCUUUGUAACUCUCAUAUUACAAGUUAGUCGAUUGAUCCUGAUGGUUGGAGGGAAGGUUAGUUCGGUUUCGAAGUGUUUUGAUACCAACUGGAUAUUCAAGAUAUUGGCUCCUGAGAAUUGGUAGAAGAGUUACCAAUUCACAAGGAAUAUGCUCUAUCAAUUUUUGAAUAUCUUCGAAGAACUCAAUCCGGAGUACAAGGAAUUCAUUCAGAAAGGGUACAAGUACUAGAAGUAAGUGAUUGAGUUGAAAGAAGACAUUGAAUGGGCGAAGGAUUUCAUCAAAAGAUCCAUAAUAGAAAAUAACGAUGUCCCAGGCAAUCCUUCUUCAAACAAAUAAUCUCUUGUCAUAUAAUCAUGA